AUGCAUCGUUCUUCCGUCCUCUUCGCCCUCGCCGGUGCAUCCCUCGCUGCUGCCCAGGGCUUCUCGACCGAGUGCACCGAUAUCUCGCUCAACAAUUCCUGGCUGGUUGCUACUUGCCCUUCUGGAAAUGGCGACGAUAUUACCAGCAGUGUCUUCUUGAAUUCUAACGUCGGAAACGAUGGUGGAGAUCUCGCGUGGAAGGAAGAUGGCCAAUACCGCCAGUCCUGCAGGGAAUGUACCCUCAUUGACGGCAACACCUUGCAAUGCUCGUGCCCCAUUGCAACAGGUCCCAGCUAUCAAACGACCUCUCUGAACCUUGAGGAACACAUCGCCAACUACGAAGGUCACCUCCUCUCCAACCGAACCGGGGAAAUUACCACAGUCCCUGAAAACUCCGACACCCCGGUCCCUUUGGACUUUGGAGUACAGCUGGGACUAGAUACACUGAAUGACGACUGUAGCGGCGUCGGUAUGACACUUAGCCUGAACCUGCCGACGGACUGCUACUAUGUCAACCCCGGCGUCCAGGAUAUCUUGUUCACCUCCGGAGUUCAGAGCGGUAACAACGGGUGGGAGAUUGCGGCGUACUCAGAUAAGGAGUGUACCAGCGAGAUUGUGCACACUUUCACUGCUGAUGAGAAUGAUCAGUGUGUGGCGUUUGAGCCGAAGGCUAUGGCGUGGUCUGUUAAGCCUCUAUGGAAUGCGGACUACUAA